AUGUCCGAAUUCCAAGAAGAGCUCCGUCACACCCUGACUAGCUCUAUGGAAACUGCUCUCCAACCACGUCCGGCCCGUCGAAACGCUCCAGAGGUUGAAGACGAUUCUGACGACGAAGAAGGAAACCCGUUUGCCGUCGACGAUCAACACCGUCAACGACAGCAAGUUGCGUAUGGUGAUGGCCCUCGAGGGGACAAUCAUCGUUGGGAGUCUGGUUUCAGACUUGAGCUCCCUGAAUUCUCCGGCAGCUUACAAGUGGACGAGUUUCUCGAUUGGGUCAACACCACCGAAGAACUCUUAACCUUUAAGAGCGUGCCCGAUGAUAUGCGUGUCUCUCUUGUCGCAACGCGUUUUAAGGGCAGAGCUUCAGCUUGGUGGCAACAGCUCAAGGUCCAACGCGCUAACUCAGGGAAGAAUCGUAUUAACUCAUGCGAGAAACUCAAGAAGCACAUGAAUCGAGCCUUCCUGCCUUACAACUACGCGCGCACAAUCUAUACUCAGUUUCAAAACCUACGCCAAGGUAGCAAGAGUGUGGAUGAGUAUGCUGCAGAAUUUUUUACUCUCUUGGCUCGAAACAGUUUACUUGAAACUACGGACCAAUCAAUCUCUCGUUUCAUCGGAGGCCUUAAGAACCAGAUACAGCACCAGCUCCUACAGUUCAAUCCAACAUCGAUCUCGGAAGCCCACCAACGAGCUAUCCUUAUCGAACAAAACUUGUGUGGUUCAUCUUCUGCGUGGUCUUCGUCUUCUCGCCUACGAACUACCGCUCCUACCGAUUCCUCGAUUGCUUCACGUGGAGAGUCUUUACCUUUACCUCCUCCCAUCGACAGCGGUAACACACAACAACGACCUACUCGUACACUCACAUUUAAAUGUUUUAAUUGUGGUGAAACAGGUCACCGUCAGUCUUCGUGCCCCAAACGAGUUUUAUUUGGUGAUGAUGACGUCGUCUAUGAUGAGGAAAUCACGCCACCUCCACCAUUAGAAACAGAGGAACUUGUUUCCGGUGAUGUGGGUAAUGUUUUGGUCAUUCAGCGUAACUUCCUUGCUCCUCAAGGUAUUGAUGAGUCAUGGUUAUGGACUAAUAUUUUUCGCACCACAUGCACCAUUCGAGGCAAAGUUUGUCGUCUACUUAUUGACUCGGGCAGCUGCACGAAUAUUAUUUCUGAAGAGGCAGCUACUAAGCUCGCGAUGUUCACCGAGCCUCACCCUACUUCUUAUCGUCUUGCUUGGCUGAAUAGAACAACGGACUUGCGAAUCUCUCGACGUUGCCGAGUUCCUUUCUCUAUCGGAUCAAACUACAAUGACCUCGUUUGCUGCGAUCGAAUUACUCUAUUGCCGUCUCAAGAAUCAUCUCCUCCUACCACCGCUGACUCGCACAUUACGAUCCAACCGGAGAAACCACCUCUCCCCAAACCAGUGUUGUUCGUGAAUCGCGCUGCUUUCAUUGAUGAGUUUGAGAACUCCGAACACGGCAUGGCCCUCAUCCUCAAACCGACUUCUCCGAUUUCUGCCACCGCUAUCCCACCGGCCUUUGAAGCAAUUGUGUCCGAGUUUCAAGACGUUUUUCCCAACGAACUCCCACCGGGUCUUCCUCCACUUCGUGAUAUUCAACAUUGCAUUGAUCUUGCUGCCAAUGCGUCACUUCCUAACUGA